AUGCCAGCAAGGCAAAGUGCGGUGAGUGGAACGACCAGAGAAGAUCCUAAUAUUUACGAAACUGCCACGCACGGGAGACAAAAAAAUCGAGAGGUGAAAAUGGAGGAGUCUUGUGAGAUUGUUGAUUUACACUUUCUCCGGAUCGUCGGUGAUCGAAUCGUUGGACUGAUUCUUGAUCUGGAUUCGAUCCGAGUACAGUUCUACGCUGUUCAGCUUGUGGAUUGUCCUGUGUAUUUUGAUCUUUUGAGCUCAGAUUCUCUGCAUAUUCGUGAUCUGGAUACAAUUCUAGACUGUUCAGGUUGUUGA